CAUCUCCGUCGCCACCGAGAAUUUCCCCGAGAGCGUGCCUCGGGUCGUUCCACCCACCCGCCUACCCACGGACUACUACCCAGAUCGCGUCCCCCUCACCAUCAUCGAUACCUCCUCCAACCCUGAGCACAAGAGCAAGACUUUCGCCGAGUGCCAGAACGCCGACGCCAUCGUGCUGACCUACGCUUGUGAUCGCCCGUCCACGCUGGAUCGGCUGAGUACCUACUGGCUUCUGGAGCUGAGGAGGCUGGAGAUUAAAGUGCCGGUGAUUGUGGUUGGAUGCAAGUUGGAUCUUAGGGAUGAGCAGCAGAUGAGCUUGGAGCAGGUUAUGUCGCCAAUUAUGCAGCAGUUUCGGGAAAUUGAGACUUGCAUUGAAUGUUCUUCCCUCAGGCAGAUUCAGGUUCCAGAAGUGUUCUAUUAUGCACAGAAAGCAGUACUUCAUCCAACCGCGCCACUGUUUGACCAAGAAACACAGUCAUUGAAGCCUCGGUGUAUAAGAGCUUUGAAAAGGAUAUUCAUUCUCUGUGACACUAACAGGGAUGGAGCACUAACACUAAGUGAUUCUGAGUUGAAUGACUUUCAGGUUAAAUGCUUCAGUGCUCCCCUCCAGCCUACUGAAAUUGCUGGAGUCAAGAAGGUUGUGCAAGAGAAGAUGCCUGACGGGGUUAAUGAAAAUGGUCUUACUUUGACUGGAUUCCUUUUCCUUCAUGCACUCUUCAUUGAGAAAGGUCGUCUUGAAACAACAUGGACAGUCUUGAGAAAAUAUGGAUAUGAUAACGAUAUCAAACUUAGGGAUGAUCUCCUCCCGUCAUCUUUCAAGCGUACUCCUGAUCAGAGUGUCGAGUUGACAAAUGAAACUGUGGAGUUCCUGAAAGAGAUUUUCCAUACAUUCGACGUGGACAAUGAUUCGAAUUUUCAUCUAAAUUUUGUGCAUCUGGUCCUUUUUUUUGUGCAUCACAGCCCCUGGUCUGAUGCUCCUUAUAAGGAUGCUGCAGAAAAGAAUGUAUUAGGAGGAUUAUCUCUUGAUGGAUUUCUAUCUGAAUGGGCGCUCAUGACACUUCUUGAUCCAGUUAGUAGUUUGGCGAACCUGAUAUACAUUGGAUACCCUGGUGAUCCGUCAUCAGCAUUUCACAUAACCAGAAGAAGGCGGUUAGAUCGUAAGAGACAUCAGUCACUACGGAAUGUCUUCCAGUGCUUUGUCUUUGGGCCUAGAAAGGCUGGGAAGUCUGCAUUGUUGAAUUCACUGCUCAGAAGGGCAUUUUCUGAAAAGUACACACCUACAACUAGUGAACGGUUUACGGCAAAUGUGGUUGAUCUCCCUGGAGGGAUUAAGAAGACUCUUGUAUUGAGAGAGGUGCCAGAAGAUUCCGUCCAAACACUUUUGUCCAACAAGGAAUCCUUGGCAGCUUGUGAUAUUGCUGUCUUUGUCCAUGACAGCUCUGACGAAAAUUCGUGGAAGAAGGCAAUGGAUUUACUUCUGCAAGUCGCUUCUCAUGGUGAAAAUAGUGGCUAUGAAGUUCCUUGCCUUAUUGUUUCUGCAAAAGAUGAUCUUGAUCCGUACCCCUUGGUCAUACAAGAUUCCACAAGGGUGAGCCAAGACAUGGGAAUUGAAACUCCUAUUCCUAUUAGCAUGAAGUUAGGUGAGGUCAACAACUUGUUCCGAAGAAUUAUUACUGCUGCACAGCUUCCCCAUCUUAGCAUCCCUGAAACGGAAGCCGGAAGAAACCGCAAGCAAUAUCGUAGACUUGUUAAUCGUUCUCUCAUGGUUGUUUCAGUUGGAGCUGCAGUUGCGGUUGUGGGACUGGCUGCAUACAAGGUGUACGCGUCGAGGAAAAAUACUUCAAGUUGAUUUAUCUCUUGUACCCUCCUAUUUGAUUUUGUUUGGCCAUCACCGGUAAUCAGCCGUCGAUGGGCAGCUUGCUGCUGCUGCCAACGCUCUGAUCUGUUUAUGUU